CGGUCGCUGUCCGUCCGGGGAGGCUGAGGUGGAAAGCACCUGCCCCUAGGAGCCCAGUCGAGUGCGGGUCGCCUGGUGCUGGGGAGCCGAGGGCCGGAGCGAGCUGAGAGGGAGGAGGGAAGCACGUCUUCGCCGCUCCCUUGAGCCCGCCUGUCCAUCGUGUGGCCCCGGCUCAACCCGGUCCGGCCCGGCCCAGCCCAGCCCAGGCUGGUCCCGAGGCCCAACUCCCGCCUUCCCCAUGGAGCCAGAGGAGGAGGUCGAGACUCGCCAAGGAGCCGCUGCCGCCGCCCGGCCCUAAGCCCCGGAGUUCUGUUUCUACCUGUCAUAAAGACCAUGGAGAAGAAGUUGGAAGUUAAAUUAGACAUUGGUUCCUGGAUUUUAUCAGGAAGCUGUUGGCAGAGACCUGCAAAGUGGCUGAAAAUCCUGCAACUAUUUUAUGCAUGUCUUUGUCUCAGUGCUUUGUGUUCAUCAACAGAUGCCAGUGGGCGUAGGUGCCAUCUGGGGAACACUCAACUUGGGGUCAGCCUGCGGUCUUGGGGAGAAAAUCACCUCCAACUUCUGGAGGGAGCUCAUUCUCUACAAUCAUGUUGGGCUGCCUGCUGCCAGGAUCACAAUUGCCGUGUCUUUUGGUGGUUGGAAAAUCUAUGCAUGAAGGUGAAUUGCAGCGAUCCCCAAAGCUGCCAGGUCUCCAGGACAGACACUUCUUACUCCAUGUUGGUGUUUUUGCGUAAAGUGCAAACUGCAGAAGAUUUGGAUUUCCCACCUGAAAGAGAUACAGUGAACCUUCUAGGGCUAGGGUGGAGCAGGGCUCUACAGAGAACCCGGAGAUCAUCCAAUUAUGAGCUGCUCUUAGAGAAAUCAUCAUCAUCUGGUGGUCAGCAGAGUUCCAAAAAGAAACCUCAGCAAAGACAGCUUCCCAGUGAUUUUGGCAGUGGGCCUCCUACAGAAACAGGAACAGAAUUCAUUAGUGAGAAGGAGUCAAGUCAAGCCAACCAGAAGGCUCAGAAAAGUCCAGAGGCCCUUGAGGCUGAAUCACAUAGCCUCCCAGUCCAAGAAAACAUCUCUUCAGCAGAAAGUGUGGACUUGAGAAAGUCAAGGCUACAUUCUGAAAUAAAUAACUCCAGGGAUCUAGGCAGUUCAAACACCAAUAACUCUGCAGAGGUCCGCAAGGAGUUUCCCAGGCUGCUGGAACCCCCUGAUCUGGUUACCUCUUCCAAUCCUUUAAUCCUGGGCCUAACAGCUGCAGGAGAGAAUCUCAGUUUGCUGACCAAUACAUCUGUCCAGCCUAACAUCUCAAAGGAGUUGAUUCCUACUCCCAGUUUUUUACCAGGAAGAAGCUUUGGGAAUAGUCACAUCACUACUUCCUUGCCACCGAUUCUGCCCCAUCGGGAUAAUAUUCCUACUCACCAGACUACCCCUACUUCUUUCCCAAGCACUGUGUCAUCAACCCCAGGUAUAAAGGAGUUGGUAGUAUCUGCAGGAGACAGCGUAGAGAUGACCCUGCCCAAGAAUGAAGUUCAGUUAAAUGCAUUUGUCAUCCCAGCACCAGAGGAAGGCAAAAUCUACUCCUACGAAUGGAAGCUGAUUACUCAUCCUACAAACUACAGUGGGGAAAUGGAAGGACAGCAUUCACGGGUCCUCAAGCUCUCCAAGCUCACCCCUGGUCUCUAUGAAUUCAAAGUGGUUGUACAUGGCCAGAAUUCUCAUGGGGAGGGAUAUGUGAAUGUGACGGUAAAUCCAGAGCCUCAUGUGAACCAGCCCCCUGUUGCUGUUGUGUCACCACGAUUCCAGGAGAUCUCUCUGCCAACCACUUCCACGGUCAUUGAUGGCAGCCAAAGCACGGAUGAUGAUAAAAUUGUUCGAUACCACUGGGAAGAACUGAAGGGGCCCCUGAGAGAAGAAAAAGUAUCUGAAGACACAGCCAUAUUAAAACUGACCAACCUGGUCCCGGGAAACUAUACCUUCAGUCUGACAGUGGUGGAUUCCUUUGGAGCCAGCAGUUCAGCCACCGCCAGCCUGACUGUGAACAAGGCAGUGGAUUACCCUCCUGUGGCCAAUGCAGGCCCCAACCAAGUGAUUACACUUCCUCAGAACUCCAUCACUCUGUAUGGGAAUCAGAGCACCGAUGACCAUGGCAUUGCCAGCUAUGAGUGGUCUCUCAGCCCAAGCAGCAAAGGGAAGGUUGUGGACAUGCAGGGUGUGAGAACCCCAGCCCUGCAACUUUCUGCAAUGCAGGAAGGAGACUACACCUAUCAGCUCACAGUGACUGAUACAGCAGGACACCAGGCCACCACAGAGGUCAUUGUCAUUGUCCAGCCAGAGAACAACAAGCCACCCCAGGCAGAUGCUGGCCCAGAUAAAGAACUGACCCUUCCUGUUGACAGCACAACUCUGGACGGUAGCAAAAGCCUGGACGACCAGAAAAUCAUCUCAUACCUCUGGGAAAAAACACAGGGCCCUGAUGGUGUGCGACUUGAAAAUGCCAACAAUUCCAUAGCAACUGUGACUGGCCUCCAGGUGGGAACCUAUAUAUUCACCCUGACUGUCAAAGAUGAAAGGAACCUGCAGAGCCAAAGCUCCGUCAGUGUCAUAGUCAAAGAAGAAAUGAACAAGCCACCUGUGGCCAAAAUAAUUGGGAAUGUAGUAAUAACUCUGCCCACUAAUACAGCUGAGCUGGAUGGAUCCAGGUCCUCCGAUGACAAGGGCAUAGUCAGUUACCUCUGGACUAGGGAUGAAGGAAGCCCAGCAGCAGGGGAAGUACUAAAUCAUUCUGACCAUCACCCCAUUCUAUUCCUCUCCAACCUGGUGGAAGGAACUUACACAUUUCACUUGAGAGUGACUGAUGCAAAGGGUGAGAGUGACACAGACCGGACUACUGUAGAUGUGAAGCCAGAUCCCAGGAAGAAUAACCUGGUGGAGAUGAUCCUGGACGUCAAUGUCAGCCAACUGACAGAGAGGCAGAAGGGGAUGUUCAUUCGGCAGAUUGGUGUCCUCCUGGGGGUGCUGGAUUCUGACAUCACUGUGCAAAAGAUCCAGCCAUAUACAGAGCAGAGCACGAAGAUGGUGUUUUUUGUACAGAAUGAGCCUCCACACCAGAUCUUUAAAGGCCAUGAUGUUGCAGCGAUGCUCAAGAGUGAGCUGAGAAAGCAGCAAACAGAUUUCCUGAUCUUUCGGGCCCUGGAAAUCAAUACCGUCACUUGUCAGUUGAACUGCUCUGAUCAUGGCCACUGCGAUUCUUUCACCAAGCGCUGUAUCUGCGACCCUUUUUGGAUGGAGAACUUCAUUAAAGUGCAGCUGAAAGAUGGAGAGAGCAACUGUGAAUGGAGCAUCCUCUAUGUCAUCAUUGCCUCGUUUGUCAUUAUUGUUGCAUUGGGGAUCCUGUCCUGGACUAUGGUCUGCUGCUGUAAGAGGCGAAAAGGGAAACCCAAGAGGAAGAGCAAGUACAAGAUCUUGGAUGCCACAGAUCAGGAAAGUCUGGAGCUAAAACCAAACCCCAGAGCAGGUAACAAGCAGAAGGUCCCCAUCCUGAACAGUAGCCUGAUGCACUCUGAGUCCGAACUGGAUAGUGAUGAAGCCAUCUUUACCUGGCCUGACCGAGAGAAGGGCCGAUUACUUCGUGGACAGAAUGGCUCUUUGCGCAAUGGACAGGCUGCACUCAAGCCCAAGACCCCCAGAGAGGAGAUCUUGUAGCCAGCCUGUGCCCUUGAGAGGAACAGGAAGCAAGGGGGCAGAGGGGAGACAGGGACAACGAAAGCUUGAGAGGUCCAGGCUGCUAAGUCAUUUCCUAGACCGUGUGUGUGUGUGUGUGUGUGUGUGUGUGUGUGUGUCUGUGUGUCUGUGUCUGUGUGUUUGUGUGUGUCUGUGUCUGUGUGUCUGUGUGUGUUUUCAUUCCAUUCUUUCUCCUGUAUUCUCUCCUCUCCCUCCCUUCUCCUGUUCUGAACAGAACUGGUUGUACUUGAAUCCAGACAUCUCUAAGGAACUCCAGAGGAAACUGUGAAUGAAGAGACUUCCUCUUCCCCAGGACUUAGCACCCAACCAAAAGGACCUCUAUGUGCUGCUCAGCUCAGGACCCCUUCUUCUGGGGGGAGGACACAGUGUAAGCAAUUCUAGAUGUGUCCUUCCAGGGGAGCUUCCAGCCUGCCCUGUCUUCCUUCAUUCCCUCCUCUUCUCCUUGCCUCCCCCGCCCCAUCCUUGGAUGUGGCUGCUUUCUUCUCUUGUCCUGAGGCCUUCCUACAGCCUAGACUUGCAGGCCCAAGGGAAAAGUAGCACAGCAGAACCUCUUCCUCUCCCCCCUGCCCCGUCCCUCCAGAUGGAGCUCCAGGAUCCUAAUGCCCGCGGGACAGCUUGGAAUAUGAAUCUUUUGGUGUGUGUGUUUAAAUUAUUUGUCCUUUCACUGAAAUGAAGAGAACUGAGCCCCCUCCUUGGGCACUGAUGGAGCAAGGCUAUGGGUGAGAGGCAGUUCUGAUUGUUUUAUGCACGAGGUUUUCCCCUCGGGAGCCCAGGCUUGUUCACCAGGGACUCUUCCUCUGUGCUGUUACCACCGCUGCCCUCUCCUCAUUCUGUCAGAUGUGGAGCACUCACUGUCCACCAGCAUCUUUUGGGGCCCCUUGUGACGGGAGCACAGCCGGCCUCUGGUUCCAUCCACUUCAGUCAGUCUUUUUCUCCACUUACGCACUAGGGAAGGAGAGGGGAAGGCUGCCUGAAGGACCAGGCGGGGCCCAUUCAUUUCGGGGUGACUGCGUGCCUGAUGCUCUUUUAGUUCCCAUUGCCUGAUCUGCUUUCAGAGCAAGCAUCUGGAAAGUGACCACGCUGUGGUCGGUUCACCUGAACCUGAAGGAUUUGUGCCCCAUGUUCUCCUCCCAUUCUGGCUCAUGGCUGGUUCCUCAAGCCUCCCUCCCUGUUCUGCAAGGCUGGCGUCAGAAUGAAGGUAGUCACUGGAAUUGGCAGAAAUGUAGCAGCAGUGUGUGUGUGUGUGUGUGUGUGUGUGUGUGUGUGUGUGUGUGUGUGUGUGUGUGUGUGUGUGUGUGUGUGUGUGUGUACACGCAUGACAGAGAUGAGAAUGAGGACUUUUCCUCAUCAUUAUUUUCUCACUGUGUAUCACUGUUUCAUUCUCCAUCAGAAUGUCACUCCUUGUCUAUUGGACCUGUUUGCACACUCCAGGGCCCAAUUCUUUGCCUGGAAAAUUCUAUGUGGGCAAGCAGGCCUGUUGUGCAUCUCUGCCUUGCUGAAGACAGCUUUGCCCUCUGUUUCUGGGUGCUGGAGGUUUUGAGAGAAAACUUUUUUUUUUAAAGAAAAAAAAUUUAUACUACUGCACUACAGGCUUGUUGUGAAAUGAUUAAACAUGCUAUUUAAUUUUUCUUGUA